AUGGAAUCUAUCACAAAAUUGUUCUUCAGACCAGAGCCUGAUAACCAGGCCUCAUUCAAAUCUAAAGGUCAUAAGAGUUGUAGGGACACUGGCAGAAAGAAAUAAUGGACUUAAGAACUCAGAUUUUAAGGCUGUACAUAAGGGAGCUAUAGAUCAUGCUAACCAGCAGAUAUCUUCAAAAUUGAUCAAAGAAAUACAGUAUAGUAAGAAAAGGUUCACUAAAAGUCUGAACGAUGCUUUGAUGAGCUUAAUUUCCAUCUUUGACAAGGCCGAUCAAGAAGUCUCAAAUUACUCAGAAAGCUUUGAAAAUAGCUGAAAUCAGAAACUAGAUUGCUUCCAAGACAGCUCAUGUGACUUUUACAAAAUAGAAACUAUUUUUACAAAACUAAAGGCAGAUUUUGGCCUGGUUGAUUCUCUUGUAGAUCUAUUGAUAAAUGUAUGAGCUUCCAGGCAGAGUCACUGUAAGCGGGGCAAAUAAGACUCCUUCUAAGGAAGCAAUAAAGAGGAGUAAAAAUAAAAAAUUACACCCCAAAUAUGUCUGCCAAGCGGAUAGGAAACUCAAAAAUGAACCUGAGGCUGUUACCAAGUCAACCAUGGAUAUGAAAGCUAGUAUUAAGAAGGCCAUUAACACUUGCUCACUAGAUUUAGAUAUCUAUCGGCCAUCAAAGAAGCAUCCUGAUAAAUCCAAGGGCUGUAGAAGAACAAAAGGUGUUCCUUCGGCAGCAAAUAUCGGGAGUUUCUUCAAAAAGUCCUUUAAUGCGUACAAAACCAUGGACAAUGAUACUUUGGAGAUGAUAAGAGCCAGCAAGAGUAAAAGGAAUAAUCCGAUAAGAAAUUGCAGCAUAAAGUAUUUGGGAAGUUGUAAGCCAAAAAUGAAACCAAAGACCCAAAUCAAUAAGUCCCUAGAGUUUGUUAACAUCAAGAAGCCUCUUUGACAUCCACUCGGAAGAUGUAGUAGUAAUAAGCAAGUAGGCACAUGUCCUAAAAUAGGGAAGAACGCUCAGAAAGAGGAGGCGCUGUCUCAGUCCAAGAGCAAGAAUUUACAGAUUGAGCAACCGAGCCAGAUAAAAAGCAGGUCAAAACACCGAAGGAAUAAGUCAAUCUUUACUUCUGGGCAAGAAGUUAGUGAGGACCAGACAAGCCAGGACAUCUGUAAGCGUGUCUUAGAGACCAUGCAAAGGGCUCAGUCCCAGCCAAAGCAAGCCAAGAUCCAGAUGGUCGACGACUUCUCAGAGGAUAUAGAAGUUUUGGCUGAUAAGCUAGAAAAGGAACAGCAGAAAGAGAGUUUACGCAACCAGUUUAAAAUUCCAAAUCAGCAUAGUACAGCCAUGAAGUCCUAUGAAGAACCUAAUAAAAAGCUUGCUAAGAUAGAUGAGGAAGCAGAGAAUUCUUUCUAGAUAUCCUUAACAAGAAGUUACUCCUCUAGAUAUACAAUCAUCUUAUAUC